AUGGCCGUUCUCCCUCAAGCCCUCAAUGCUGUACGGGAAGAAGGGGUCCCAUGCCUUCGAGCCAGGUCCUUCCUCUGGGACUCCUGCCUCCCCCUUCCCUCCACGCAUGCACUGCCCCUACCCCUGAAACCCCGGCAGUGCCAAGGGGUCCCUGGGCGGUGCCACGGGGCAGGCGGUGGGCUGAAGGCGUUGCUGAGUGGGGGCCACAAGAGCGUGGUCAGUGUGGCACAGCGUGCGAUUAGCAGUGGCUGCCUCUUGCGUGAGUCAGAGCUUCACACCACUUGUUUGCUUUAGCCGAGGUAUAAGAUAAAGAGCAGUCGCUCUUGCUGGACAGUUUCAGCUCUAAGCAGAAAGGUGACAUGGCCAGGACCAGGCUCCCCAGCCCCCCGCUCUGCUGUUUGGCUUUGACCUUCUCCGCAUUCUUUGGUGCUGGGCCGUGUGUGGAGGUGACAGUGCCACAGGACCCCGUGAUGCAGGAACGAGGCUCCAGUGUGGAAUUUCCCUGCCACUAUAAAACCUCGGUUGACAAAAAUUUCAUGCUGGAGUGGAGGUUUGCGCCAGCCUCUAUAGCGCCUGAGCAGGCCAAGCAGAUCCUCUACUUCACUAACGACAAGCUGUACAAGCCCGGCUCUCAGGCCGAACGGCUCAGCCUCCUGCACGACCCUCCCACCACGGGGGAUGCGACUCUUCAGCUAGCCAACAUCCGCGCCUCGGACAACGGCACGUACAUCUGUGAGGUGAACAACCCCCCGGACUUCUACGGCAGCGGCUCAGGGCUCAUCCACUUCACUGUGCUGAUGCCUCCAUCUACCCCUGUUUGUAAAGGGACAGAAUAUGCCCGGAUUGGGGGCGAUGCCACGCUGAGCUGCAGCUCUGUGGAGGGGGUGCCUGCCCCGAUUUACGUCUGGUCACGGGUGGACUCCAAGACCUCGUUGCCAUUGGCCAAUAUGGUGCAAGAUGACCAAACAGGGAAGCUGCAGCUGACAAACCUCUCGCUGGCGUUCUCAGGGACCUACCAGUGCGUGGCCUCCAACCAGUUCGGCCACGCCAGCUGCCAAGUGACAGUCAAUGUGUCAGGCACUUCGGAAGCUGGAGUGACCGCAGGCGCUGUGAUAAGAGUGCUGCUGGCGCUCUUACUGCUCGGGGCAGCUGCGUUCUAUCUGUUCUGGUACAGAAAGAAGGACAAGAAGGAGUCUCAAUCCACGUUCACCGGGAACGAUAUAAGGGAGGAUGCCACUGCCCCGGGGAUCUCAGACACCUCCUUGCAGAGACAAGACAGCGACCCCGGGAGCCGCUUCCUGGAGCAGCCGGUGUCAAGGCCAGAGUCUGUCAGCACCACCAAGUCCAGACUCAACAUGGUUGUGUGAGCGGGGGGCGGCGCUGGCUCCUGUUCAGCUCAGAAACCUCAGCUGGAUUUUGAUACAUGACCCCCUUUUUUUUUUUUUUUUAAAUAAUUAAGGUUU